AACGACCUCAAAAAAUGCUGCAGGCUGCAGCAUGCCACCCUAAGCUUUAAGGCAUCGUUAAUAGAGCCUUAGUAAAGCCUCCUAUCCUUCGACCGCAUAGACACGAAGCUGCAACCCAGACAGCCACCUCCGCCGCCGCCUCCGAGCAUCCCUAAUAACACGUUCGAUCUGCGACUUCUCAAGACGCGACUUGAGGUGGACCGCAUUAGCUACGAACUGCUUACAGCAUUCACAUCGUUUCUCGACUAAGUCCGUUCUGUCUUCGAGCUCGCGGCCGUUCCUUUUCCACAAUCGCGCCCCUCCUCGCGGACCAACGUGCCUCGAGCUACGUCGCUGCUACAACUAUAGAAGAAUCAUACCUCUAGCGACGAACAGCUGCUCUUACAAGCUGUACGAGUUACGUUGACUUAGACCGCUCCACCGCGUCUCCAAAAGAUGACCACUAUUCGAUUCCCAACCGGGUUCAACAUGACGAACUACCUUGGCUCCGGAAUUACAAGCAUGGUAUACCUAGAGUUGUCCUCCAACACUGUCGUCAAACAUCCCCACCAAAUCGAAGACGAGCCCGCUAUUGAAGUUGAGAGACGGAUCUACGAGCGGUUCCAACAACACGGCGGGCACGAAGGUCUGCUAAAGUUUUACGGUACCUUCGAAUCCGGCAUCCGACUAGAAUAUGCGAGCAAGCAUGGACUCCGCCAAUUCAUCCAAACACAUGAGAUUCAUACCAAUCAACGCCUUCAAUGGGCUCAACAAGUCACUAGUGCGCUUGCCUUUGUUCAUUCAAUGAAUGUCGUUCAUGCGGAUCUGACGUGCGGCAACAUUUCCUUAGACGACAGCCUACAUGCGAAACUCCUCGACUUUAGUGGCUCCUCAUUGGAUGGCUCCGAGCCAUCCGUUGUGGUGACUGCGAGCCACAAAUGUCCUAGAGCCGACCUGAAAUCGACUCGGGCAGACCUGUUUGCCCUCGGCUCUACCCUGUACGAAAUCUGGACAGGCAAACCUCCAUACGUUGGGCUUCAAGAGAUAGAAAUCACCAAUUUGUUUAGACAAUCUAAGUUUCCUGAGACCAAAAGUCUGGGACCGAUGGGCGACAUCAUCACCGGGUGCUGGCAAGGCAGGUUCACAAGUGCAGAUAAUGUAGGUACACAUUUUGCUUGAGUAGAGGUGCGUCUCUCUACUCGGGGGCGAACGUCAAGAUAAGAACUUUGGCUGCAACAGCACGCACCUAGCCUGUGUUGGUCAGCUAGGACAUGACAUGAUCGGGUCUCUGCAAGUCGUGGCUGCCAAAGAAAACCCCGCACGGAGAUGUUGGCAUUGGCAUGGCGUGAUGCCCCGCACGGCGAGAGGGUCCUGGGAGCGAUGGGGAAGGAAGCUCACUCGCACGGAGCCGUCACCAAAGAAGCAUGUAAUAAAAUCAUCCCGUGGACGUGGAGAAGCUUGCCGACCAUGUACCAAC